AUGUCUACAAUGGAGACACCAACGGCGUCGACCAAGAAGCUGAUAUGUCGAGCAUGUCAAAAGGGCUUUUCGAAAGCUGAGCACCUAAAGAGACAUGAACGCUCUCACACGGGAUCUAAGCCCUUCGUCUGCAAAGAGUGUCGACGGCCCUUUGCCCGUCAAGAUGCCCUUACUCGGCACGAGAAGCUACAUACUCGUUCCAUGGAUGGAAACUCUGACUCGGGUCCCUUGCCACAGCCUUCUGUAGGAUCUGUUGCUUCAUGGAAUACCAACAGCGUCUCACCAGUGGAUUUAUCUACUUCCGCCACGAGUCAAUCGUGGGAUGAGGCUUCCGGUGAUACUAGCAUGCAUGCCGCUUCAGAGUUGGAUCUGACCUUGAUCUGGCCGGACUCGGAGAACCUGUUCCAGAGCUUGAUGUCGUCAGACACGACAGAUCAGUGGCAGAUGCCCCUUGGGACCUUGCCUUUUCCACCUGUGGUGCAAGACGUUCAUAGUAUGACGUUUGGCUCUCCGAGCUCCUUCAGUGACCGUGGCUCUUCAAUUGGCACAAUGCCACCUGGUGGUGGACACAAAGCGGUUCAGGAUUUAGCGGAAAUGGUGACAAGCUCGUCUUCAAGCGUCACUGCUGCCGUCAAAGCCACAUCGAUCACAUCGGUUUUCCUUGACGAAUGUCUUCAUCUGUUCUUCUGUCGUUUCAUACCCACAUUUCCAAUCUUACAUCGCGCAACAUUCAUAUUCAAAGAAUGCACACACGCCCUGCUCUUGAAUGCGAUCGCUAUUGGAUCUUUGUACUUGGGCCCGAAAGACUCGGUUGCCAAGGGUGAAGUUUUAUGGCGGCUAGCACACACAGCACUCGCAACCUCCUGGCAAUCCCUCAUCACUCACAAAGGGCCAUACGAUGCCUGCAAAGGUGUUCAGCUGAUUAUCACCGCCCUUUUGGGUCAGGUAUAUGGAGCACUAUCCAAGAACCGAGCAGUUCGAACCACUAGCCAGGUCUUCCGCCCGCUGGGCUUUUUCUGGGCUCGGCAUUGUGGCAUGUACGACAGCGAGCCAUAUUCCAUGGAAAACCUUCCGUCGACAACUGCUUCUGUGGCAGAAAAAGAACACCAGUGGAGGAUCUGGGCAGCCCGUGAGAUUCAACAACGUGCCCUACUGGCCUAUCAUGUGUUGGAUGGUCUCGUAGCUCAAAUGUCCGGCGACGCGGUCUCAGCCAGACACGUAGCAAAUCCACUCUUCCUUCCAAGCAGUGAAGCACCGUUUGAAGCCAGAACCGCCGAUGAAUGGCUUGGCGAAAUGCUCUCUCAUAACCCCAGCAGGUCCUCUUUCCGCGUGAUCUUCCGCGCCCUCUUUCCACCAGUCAGCAACUUCCGUCCACUCGACCAUCGGUUCUCCGCCUUUGGACUUCGUGUCGUUCUCGAGGGCCUUCAAUCAUUGAUCUCGGACUGCGAUGACAACGACCUCGCCGUCGGCGUCCCCGGUCAGACAGAUAUCCGCCGAGCCCUAGCCCAAGUUCACGAAACAAUAGCAAUGAGCAUCCACUUCACAUCCGAGGAACGGCUCGAGAUCCUUCUUCGCUGGCACACACUCUGUCUAGACACAAUGAUCGACUCCACCGUCCUCUCUCGUCACAUCUGUUCCCGUUACAACAUCCUACAACAUUUCUCCGGCGGCUCUAGAACCGUUCGCCCCGGAUUUGAUUUAUGGGAAUGGGUAGAUACGGACGAUGCGCGCCGCGCCGCCCUCCAUGCCAUGUCGAUCCAAGACAUUGUCGAGAAAUUACCGCGUGGUCGUGCUCAUGUGGUGCAUAUGCCCAGCUCACUCUUUGCAGCAGCGACUAUCUAUGUCGUUUUCGCACUUUGUGGUCAACCUUGUGCGAGUUACCCGCGUGAGAUUGACUGGCAGGAGGUUCUGCUUUCACACACUGAUCUCGCCUUUGGCCAUGAUAGCUCAAAGCUGCCCUCCGGGUCUGAGACGAGUCAGUUCAUUGAAGGGAAAUUCAAUAGCUUCGAUGGACGUAACUUGCUGUAUGAGUUGAACUCUAUCCAGAAGCUCUUCCGGUGUUUGUCUUCGCAGUGGGGUAUUGCGCAUGAUAUGGAGGAUAUCGUUGCCCAGUGGAUUGAGUUGUGUCAUUAA